AUGCACAUCAAACGCAAUAUAGACGAUCUUAUGGCCAAAGCCAAUGUGCAGAAUUCCGAAAACAUAACGCGGGUACCAGAUUUCAUUCGCGUCGGCGAGGCAGAUCCAGCCUCGACUUCCAUCUCGGACGUUCUUGCUGUUGUGCCACCCCGUCCGGUUGCCACAUUCUUGACCAAUGUCUUCUUCAAACAUGCCACCAGCGUCUACUACUACGUAGACCGACGUUGGUUUGACGACAUCCUAGAUAUCAUAUACACCAAGCCCGUCUCACUACGCUCCAAGGAUGUUACUGCAAUAUGUGUAGUACUGAUGGUGCUGGCAGUCGGAACCCAAUACGUCCAUUUAGAAUCGCCCGAUCGCCACAAUAAUUGCAGUACUCGUGUUGCAACGGACUCUGAAGUUCAGAGUAGUUGGGAGCUCGAGAUUGGAUCCGGAUUUUACCGUCAAGUAGCAAAGCUGCUUUCGGAAGUCAUUCACGCUGGCUCGCUGCUCAGUGUCCAGGCACUUCUACUUCUCGGCCUAUAUUCCUUACCUAUCGAUGCAUCUGGGCUGAGUUACAUCUAUCUAAACUUGGCUAUCAAGGUGGCCAUACAAAACGGGAUGCACCGAAAGGUCUCGCGCAACGUUCUCGAUGCGAGAACAAAAGAAAUCAGGCGUCGCAUUUGGUGGACAGCCUACUGCAUGGAAAGAAAAAUUGGUAUAUACCACGGCCGCCCGAUAUCCAUCGUACGAUCCGAUAUCGAUGCAGAUCUGCCUCAGAGGUCUGAAUCGCACCUCAUGAAUGAUGACCAUUUCGCUCCUCAAGGUCUCCUGGAUUCAAUCGAGCUCACAAGGCAAGCUGAAGCAUUCCACCACGAAAUAUCGUGUCUCCGCACAUGUGCGAACGCUGAAGUCGGGGUAAUCUUGGACCGUAUCAAGCGCAUGAAGGCGGAUCUGGGAGGGCCCUGGUCGCCUCCUCGCGGGGGUGUAUUAUCGCCUCCUGCGAACCACGAAGCAGAGUUACCAAAAUCCCGCGCAUUGAUUCAUUCUCGACUAGAGUGCUGCCUAGUGCACAUGUUUAUCGGACGACCCUUCAUCCUCGCGCACCGUCACGCGCGGACCAGUGUACAUUCCAAGGACGCCAAUGCCGCAUCCGCAUCCCCAGAAGUACGCCGGAGGAAAGCAUCCGAGUCUCACUCACAGUGGGACUUCUUAGUCCAGGACUGCGUUGCGGCUGCGAAGGAAGUUAUCAGCACAUGUCAGAUCAUGCAGACGGGCGACAUGGGCCUUGCAAAGUCGUCAUAUGCCGAGUAUAGUUCCUGCCGUGCAUCACUGCUGGUCUUGAUCGCAUAUAGCAUAUGUUACCGUACAAACGAGUUCGCAAACACCCUACAAGUAGGUCUACAAGCGAUCAGAGAAAUGGCUUCGGCGGGCGAUUCCGCGCGUUCAGAAGUGUCGCUCCUGGAGACACUGGAAGCUGCGCUGCAUCGACUCCACGUUUUCAAUCCAUUGCCCAAUCAACCUGCGGUCACGGAAGCAAACGAUGCAGCUGAAGAGGGCUACAACGGUCUUCUUAACUGGUAUAAGAAAGCAGAAAAGUCCACAGUCCCUCGUUUUGGGCCUUCAGCAUCCGGACAUGCAAAUGUACAGGCAGCAACGGCGCAAGGCCCAAGGAUAACACCAAACAGAACCGAUGCAACAGUGGAUACCAUGCCAAGCUAUGUACCCCUUGAUGGCUAUCCGUUCGAUUUCGAUCUACUCAACUCGGAUGGAAGCGAGGCAUUCUUCACCUCGGACUUUGGUGACCAUGGUAACGCAGAGAGGGAGUUCUUUGAGAGCCUUUCAUGGUUACCGAAGUGA